GCGAAACGGGAACCAGAUGGCUAAGCCUCCGCCAUCAGCCUUGCCCUCACAGCCUUCCCGCCUCUAACUUUCGUAUUCGCUCCAGGUGGCCACUCCAAAGUUUCCUUUUGAGCACCAGCACCAGCACCGUUGCUUUGGGGCCCUUUGGGCCUGAGGCGGUGCCGGCCCGACCGCGGUUUAGUCUCCGCCCGUUUAAGCCGCGGAGACCCUGUUUUUCUUCUCGAGUCGUAUUCUCUUUUGCUUAUAUCUCUCUGCACCCUUCCCCCUUUCCUUGGUUUCUUGUGUACCACCCGGGUUCAAAUCAAAGUCCCCCUCACUCCGAUACAGAAGCACUUAUCCACAUUUCUGAGAUCUCAGAUCUGACAUCAUCUUCACUAUGAAGUUGGCGUGGGCAUCUACGGUCCUUCUCCUGGGCUCUCAAGGCGUGACCUCCUUGUCUAUUCCUUUCACUUCUCAAUCCGAUCUGAUCGAGCGCAAUUCCAAUACCGACUUGACAACUUUGGAUGCGCAAUUUGUCGACCUCGAAAAGCGACGCGGCGGCGGAGGUGGCGGUGGCCGGAGUGGAGGAGGAAGCUCCAGCUCCAGCUCCGGCUCCAGCUCUGGUUCCAGCUCUAGUGGUAGCAGCAGUGGUGGCAGCAGUGGAGGCCGUUCUGGCAGUUCUUCCUCCUCCAGUGGCAGUACGAGUUCGUCUAGCAACCGAGGCGGCUCAUCUAGCGGAGGCUCUGGGGUUACCCCAUCCUACGGCGGCGGCAGAUAUUAUGCGGGCGGUGCCCGAUCACCUUACACCGCCGGCGCCAGAUCCACAUCGGGCAUUACGCCUUUCCUCUUGCCAGCAGCAGCACUGGCGUUCUUCCCCGGUAUCUGGCUCGCGGGCGCGUAUGCCUACAAUUACCCCCAUGGAUACAACUAUCACAAUAACACCAACAACAAGAACGAGUCGUUGCCCGUGGUCUGUCUCUGUGAAGAGUACCAGGAGUGCGGCUGUGAUGAUAACAACAACAGCACCUACUACGAGUCCCUGUUCAACGGUACUCAGCCGCGCAACACGUCCAUGGUGCGGGUGGCCAAUGUCAAUGGCACCGAGAAGAUCGUUAUCAACGGGACUUUGGCUAAUGGCACGACCACCGACGACGGCAGCUCCAGUUCCACUUCCUCCUCCACCUCCACCUCGGGAGCCGCUCGGGGGCCUCUGGUGACUCUGAUCAAUGCUAGCGGGUACUGGGUGAUGGUGGCCGUGGUGAUUGCGACCGUGUGGUCCUUCUAAGCUCCCAGAUUCUCGAACGACCGAUGAUGGACAGGAUUGUAUGAUUGUAUUCUUUUUAUGACCCGCAAGUUGUUACUUUUUCUCCCCUGGUUUUCCAUGCCUUUGCCGUUGGCCGGAUGUUAUCGUUACGGCGAUUCCCUAUUUUGGAAACAUGCGCCGGUUCUUGGCUGCGACGAACGAACCGAGUGCCAAGCUUUUCUCUGACGAGCGUUUUGGGGCUGGCUGUUUGUUGCUUUUUUUGUCAUUCCCCUGGGAUGCUCUUGAUACCCCCCGUUUAUAUCCUGUAGAUCAAUCCAGGUUGAUGACCGAAAUCCUGAUAUGAUCACUCUUUUCACAAUACACAUUAAUUAGAUCGGAAAAGAAAUCCACCAGACCCUGAAGGUCGAACCCAAUCGCUCCGUG